UCUAUUGGGUUCCAUAUGGGUUCCCAUUGGGUUCCAUAUUGGGUUCCUAUUGGGUUCCAUACUGGUUCCCAUUGGGUUCCAUAUUGGUUCCCAUUGGGCUCCAUAUUGGUUCCAUAUUGGUUCCAUAUUGGGUUCUCAUUGCGAUCCCUUUUGGGGUUCCAUAUUGGUUCCCAUUGGGCUCCAUACUGGGUUCCAUAUUGGUUCCCAUCGGGUUCCAUAUUGGGUUCCAUACUGGUUCCCAUUGAGUUUCAUAUUGGUUCCUAUUGGGUCUCAUAUUGGUUCCCUUUGGUUCCCAUUGGGCUCCAUAUUGGGUUCCAUAUUGGUUCCAUAUUGGUUCUCAUUGGGAUCCCAUCGGUUCCCAUUUGUCCCCCGCCAUCUUGCCCCCCCCCGCAGGUCCUGGAAGAUGAAUACAACGCCACGUGGACGCAGCGCUGGGGGGAGCCGCCCACCCCCUCCGCCGUCUCCACGCUCUGGGCUCUGUCGGUCGCCAUCUUCUCUGUGGGGGGGAUGAUGGCGUCGCUGGGGGUGGGCGUGCGUGGCCCCGCCCCCAGGAAGCACGCCAUGAUCGCCACCAACGCGCUGGCCUUUGUGGGCGGGGCCAUGAUGGGCGCGGCCAAGUGGGGCCCCUCCUACGUCCUCAUCAUCAUUGGUCGGUUCCUGCUCGGCGCCUACUCAGGGCUGGUCUCAGGGCUGGUUCCCAUGUAUGUGGGGGAGAUCGCCCCCACCCACCUGCGGGGGGCUCUGGGGACCCUGCACCAACUGGCCGUCGUCAUCGGCAUCCUGGGGGCACAGGUGCUGGGCCUGGGCGCCCUGCUGGGCACGGCGCGGCGCUGGCCGCUGCUGCUGGGAUUGGGGCUGGGCCCGGCCGCCCUGCAGGCCCUGCUGCUGCCGCGCUGGCAGCCAUUGGUGGUGGCCAUUGGGCUGCAGCUGAGCCAGCAGCUCUCCGGCAUCAAUGCGAUCUUCUAUUACUCCACGGCCAUCUUUGAAAGCGCCGGUGUGGGGCAGCCGGCCGUGGCCACCAUUGGGGUCGGGGUGGUCAACGUGGCCGCCACGCUGCUCUCGGUGAGACCCCCAACCCCCAACCCAGCCCCUGGGACACGCCCCCUCUUUCAUGACCAGGCCCCAUUCUGACCACGCCCCCGAUAUCUGACAUGACCCCCCAAACCUGGACCACGCCCCCUCCAGCUGACCACGCCCUCUAUUUUCCAACCACGCCCCUCCAUCCUGACCCCGCCCCCUCAAUUCUGACCACGCCCCUCCUCC